AGUCACCAACGCACUAACGCGCUGAUCAAAUUUACGAGAAUUGCAUUGCACAAGAACAAUUUAAAUUAAACAGCAAUCAUGUUUGAGGCACGUUUGGGACAAGCAACAACACUGAAGAAAAUCCUUGACGCCAUCAAGGAUUUGCUUAAUGAAGGCACCUUCGACUGCAGUGAUUCGGGCAUACAGCUUCAGGCAAUGGACAACUCCCAUGUAUCGCUGGUUUCACUGACGCUGAGAUCUGAUGGUUUUGAUAAGUUCCGCUGUGAUCGUAAUCUGUCCAUGGGCAUGAAUCUGGGCAGCAUGGCAAAGAUAUUGAAGUGCGCCAACAACGAAGAUAAUGUGACUAUGAAGGCUCAGGAUAAUGCGGACACAGUCACAAUCAUGUUCGAGUCGGCCAAUCAGGAAAAGGUCUCCGACUACGAGAUGAAACUGAUGAAUCUCGAUCAGGAGCACUUGGGCAUUCCGGAAACGGAAUAUUCGUGUGUGGUACGCAUGCCGGCUAUGGAAUUUGCACGCAUCUGCCGUGAUUUAGCCCAGUUCAGUGAAUCCGUUGUCAUUUGCUGCACGAAAGAAGGUGUAAAAUUCUCUGCCAGUGGUGAUGUGGGCACUGCGAACAUUAAGUUGGCACAAACUGGCUCGGUCGACAAAGAGGAGGAGGCUGUCACUAUUGAUAUGCAAGAGCCGGUCACGCUCACUUUCGCCUGUCGAUACUUGAACGCAUUUACCAAGGCUACGCCGCUGUCUACCCAGGUGCAGCUGUCCAUGUGCGCUGAUGUGCCGCUUGUGGUUGAAUAUGCCAUCAAGGAUCUGGGUCACAUACGCUACUAUCUGGCGCCAAAGAUCGAAGAUAACGAAACAUAAAAUCAUUUCGCGACGUACCUAAAACAUAUUCAUACUUCACAUAUACCGCAUAAUUCCCUUACAUACGACAUACUAAUUGUUAAGAUUUUACAGUGCAGCAUUU